CUAGAGUGGGUGCGAUAGCCGCCUCCGCUUGUGCCGCCCUCGCCGUCGCCUCCUCCGCCCGGGCCGUUCGCUGCUGCGCGGGGAGAGCGAGGCGGGGCCGCCAUGGAGCCCGACUCGGUGAUUGAGGACAAGACCAUCGAGCUCAUGUUACCGAAGUGCAUGUUUGGGAUUUUGUUGAAGAAAGCUGGAUACAGUAAACGGAAAGGAUCUUGGAAGAUGCUUGACUGCUGUCUUUUCUCAGACUAGUCUGAAAGGGAAUGUCCCCAUUCAUUCGGGAUUGGUGAUCUGAAGUGCAAAAUGUUUUCCAGAACACUUCAGUUAUGGAAGAUCAAAAUGAAGAUGAGUCCCCAAAGAAAAGUACUCUAUGGCAGAUAAGUAAUGGAACAUCAUCUGUGAUCGUCUCCAGAAAGAGACCAUCAGAGGGAAACUACCAAAAAGAAAAGGACUUGUGUAUUAAAUAUUUUGACCAGUGGUCUGAAUCAGAUCAAGUGGAAUUUGUGGAGCAUCUUAUCUCACGAAUGUGUCAUUAUCAGCAUGGACAUAUUAACUCUUACCUGAAGCCCAUGUUGCAGCGGGACUUCAUCACUGCGCUACCAGAGCAAGGCUUAGAUCACAUAGCAGAAAACAUUCUUUCGUACCUGGAUGCCAGGUCUCUGUGUGCCGCAGAGCUGGUGUGUAAAGAAUGGCAGCGAGUGAUCUCGGAGGGCAUGCUUUGGAAGAAGCUGAUCGAGCGAAUGGUGCGCACUGAUCCUCUGUGGAAGGGCCUCUCAGAAAGGAGAGGGUGGGAUCAGUACCUGUUUAAAAACAGACCCACAGAUGGCCCUCCCAAUUCAUUUUAUAGAUCAUUAUACCCAAAGAUUAUCCAGGAUAUAGAGACUAUAGAAUCUAACUGGAGGUGCGGACGGCACAACUUACAGAGGAUUCAGUGCCGCUCUGAGAACAGCAAAGGGGUCUACUGCUUACAGUACGACGAUGAGAAGAUCAUCAGUGGUCUGCGGGAUAAUUCCAUUAAGAUUUGGGAUAAAACCAGCCUGGAAUGUUUGAAAGUGUUAACAGGACACACAGGCUCUGUCCUCUGUCUCCAGUAUGAUGAGCGUGUCAUUGUAACAGGUUCUUCCGAUUCUACGGUGAGAGUCUGGGAUGUGAACACAGGCGAAGUUCUUAACACACUCAUCCACCACAAUGAGGCUGUACUGCACCUGCGCUUUAGCAAUGGACUGAUGGUGACUUGUUCCAAAGACCGUUCCAUUGCUGUGUGGGACAUGGCUUCUGCCACCGAUAUCACGUUACGCCGGGUCCUGGUUGGCCACCGUGCUGCAGUCAAUGUAGUAGACUUUGAUGACAAGUACAUUGUGUCUGCUUCUGGAGACAGAACCAUUAAAGUCUGGAGUACGAGCACCUGUGAGUUUGUUCGUACUCUCAAUGGGCACAAGCGUGGCAUUGCCUGUCUCCAGUACCGGGACCGGCUGGUUGUUAGCGGAUCAUCGGAUAAUACCAUCAGGCUAUGGGACAUCGAAUGUGGUGCCUGUUUACGAGUCCUGGAGGGACAUGAGGAAUUGGUCCGAUGUAUCCGAUUCGAUAACAAGAGGAUUGUCAGUGGUGCCUAUGAUGGGAAAAUUAAAGUUUGGGACUUGCAAGCUGCUCUUGACCCCCGAGCCCCAGCGAGCACGCUCUGUUUGCGCACCUUGGUGGAACAUUCUGGACGUGUGUUUCGGCUACAAUUUGAUGAAUUUCAGAUCAUCAGCAGCUCUCACGAUGACACUAUUUUGAUUUGGGAUUUCUUAAAUGUGCCUCCCAGUGCCCAGAACGAGACGCGUUCCCCCUCCAGAACAUACACGUACAUCUCCAGAUAACAGCGUGCACUUUCACCCAUUCUGGGUUUCCUGGUCUUGAACUACUGGCUACAUGGCUACCACAUGCCUAAGGGAGUUCCUUCACAGCUGAGUUCUGAGGCUGGAAUCGGUUCUAGACGCUGGGCAGAUGCAAAGCAGCCUCUCUCUCUUCAAGCACCGAUACUUCCCACCUCUGCUCCCUGCUCUACUUGGAGAAGGACACCUUAGCUCCCUGACUGCAAGUAGAUCAGACUAAUGCUUCAAAUGCACACUGUUCAUAGAAAAGGAACAUACACCUGUCUUCAGAAGUAACCCCACUGUCCAGAGAAGACUUGGCCUCAGAUGUCUCUUGCUUUGCACUUUGCAUUCUUCAGUGAAGGUUUGGGUGCCAAACACCCACCCAGAGUGUCCAGACUUUACCUUUCAGAAGUUAACGUUCUCCUGUAGACCAUCCGCGCCAUUGUGAGCUCUGACUGUACUAAGAAUGUGUUGGACAAUGGAAAUCUCUCUGGAUUAUUUUAGUAAUAUUUUUGGAUUACACUUCCUUUCUGUAUCAGUUUCUUUUAAUUUAAAGAACUAUAAGUCAGUUAUAUUAUCUCUCCACAGGUAAUAUGGCUAUUUUCUUUUUUAACUGUUCUCCACUUCCCCCAUCCAACCCACCCUGACACUUUGUGGAGUGACACCUUUAUGCGUGUGCUUGCCUCCUAAUUUAAAAUACUGUGUCCGCAUGUAGAUAUAAUGUACAUAAGUUUAUGUUCAAGGUGGCCAGAGCCGGGGGCCUAUGGCUGAGGCGCUCAUAAAAAGCGUGCUUGCGUUCAGUCACAGGUGGGCUUGAGAGCCUAAUACCAAGAUGGCUGUGGAUUACCUAGAGCCCUUCCUGCAGUAUUCAUCUGGUGUUUUUAUUUUGUCACUGUCAUUGUGUGUGUGGUAUUUUUUUUUUUUUUUAAUGGGAAUCUUGUUUUAAACAUAACUUCUGAGGUUGAACACGACAGUGUUUUCUGGUGCAGCAUAUGCAGUAGAUGGCUUCUCCACAGGUUCUGUGUAGCCGUUUUCUCCAUGAGCGCCCCUCCGCAGAGCUCGCCGUGGCCUCCCGUAGUGUUCGCUUGGCUUCGCUGUCAAAGCCAUCCUUCUGUGUGAUGAUAGCACCCUGAGAGGGAGAGGGCCCUGUUGACGGGGCUCCCGCCUGGGUGAGGGCUGCUGGUCUGUUGGGGGCCUGGAGCCUGGCUUCAGGCCCCCCGGUCCAUCUGUCAGCUGUGCUGUCUCCCACCACCAUGGUACCAGCAGGGUCUUACAGAUGCGAGUGUGAGAUGGCACACUGGCAGGACACUGGCACCUGGUCGGCAUCAGUUUCCCUCUUCAAAAAUUAGGUUUUGAUUUUCCCUUCGCCAUUGUUUCGUCUCCAAAGAUCAAGGAUUGUCAGCCUCAUUGGAAAGGACCAACCCCGUCCCCCCGCUUGGCUCCCAGUGAGUGAAACCUCUUCCCGUGGAAGCACGCUCUUACAGAGGGGAGGCCCUGGGCGCUUUCUGUGCUCGGCCUUGAGAACGGUGUGGGGAUCAAUGUAUGUGUGGAUGAGUCGUUUAUUGGGUUGGCUUUGCUUUUUGUUUUUCUUUUUUCUUUUUUAGAUCUAUCCUUCUCACUCGUUACUAAGUUAAUUCUGUUUAUGAGAGGUUGAGUCUCAAAGUGUAAAAAACAUAAGCCUCCAUUCUUGGGACUGUAACUUGAUAGUGGCCAUGACUGCGACUCUUCAUCUUACAGCGUCAGCUAGGAGUGCCCAGUGGGAAGGGGGGAGGGUCGAGGUGAGUCUUCUGAACAACUCGAGUUUUUUUUUUUUUUAUUGCUUUUGCAUGUUUAAUCUAGAUGUUCCUCUGGAUCCUUGGGAGAUCAUGGCCUUGGAAUAUGCACACGACCUUUGAAUUGUGCCUACUCAAUUAUAGCAGGGGACUUUGGCAUCCAAGGAGCUCUAACUUCCUGGGAUUAUGGUAGUAAUUCCCAGCCAUACUCUGGACUUUAUUUUGCUAACCAUAAUUGAGCGACUGUAAAUUUAUGCUCUAUUAAUGUUUUAAAGCACUGGGGUAGUCUUAUCUAACUUGUAAUUAAUUAUGUUUGCCAAUUACUUGUUUGAAAUAAAUCUGUGUCUGAACAGCUAGGAAACUGUUCAGUUGUACAGAUACUGUUCACGACGGCUUCGUACUGUGGAGUGUGCUGAGUAAAAACAAAAGUUUGACCUUUGUCAUGUCAAUAAAUCAAGUAUGAGUACUCUGCAUUUCACCCAA